AUUUCCCCUAACUCAACGAUAGUGUCUUUCCUUAGUGGAGAUGAGGUUCUCAAAAAAGCCCAUCCAGGUCAUACAAAAGAUUUUUUGGGAGUCAUCAGAUUUGAUUUGCGUGUUUCAUAGCAUUUCUUCAGAAAAGUUGUUUGUGAUUACACUCUCAGCUCCAUAAACGUUAAGCUUACUGCUAUCUAUCUUCAGAAAGGUUAAUUACACGUGUACAUCCUCACUUGCUGUUGCAUCCACUAUUUUUUCCGAAUUUUGUUCGAAAGGAUGGUUGUCGAGGGCGAGGGUGUGACCACGCUUCUGAACCGCGUGCGCGGAGCACUAUGGGGUAUGUACAUUGGGGACGCUCUGUCGAUGCCGGUUCACUGGUAUUACGAUAGAAGGCGCAUCCAACAGGAUUUCGGAAAAAUCGAAGGAUAUGCACGUCCUGUCGCGAAGUUCCCGGGAAGUAUUAUGAACCUCAGCAACACGGGUGGCGGUGGCCGCGGCAGUGACCAAGGAAAUAUCAUCUUAUGAAUGUUGUUGUAUGGAUUGAAUUAAUCAUCGCAUGGUUGUUGUAUGUCAUCUUAUGUAUGUUGUAUGGAGUUUUGGGUUUUUGAAUUAAUAGAAACAGUUUUGUCCACCAACAAGAGUAUAGAUGAAAGACCUAAAAGAAUGUAGUACUAGUAGCCCUCUUUACUAUUACUGGCACAUCAUCUGUUUGGUAAGUUGCAAAAGUUAUAUGACAGCAGAAAUUCUCGACUCUACUUCUCUUUCAUGUCCUGGCGAUGUAAUCCUGCAUGGAAAGCGCGAUUUUUGGCUACGUGGCGGACAGUACCAUUACCAUCAUGGAAUGCAACCGGGAGAAAACACUUUGGAUACUUUGCUGUGUCGACUCUUAGUGAACACCAUUCAGGCGAAUCCUGAUUUGCUGGAAGUCGAAAACUACGAUAAUAUCGGUUCUCUAGGACCAGGCGGAAAGAACGGAGGACAGGAGAGUGGCUCUGUGGGACCAAGUGCUUUGGUGGAUAAGUAUCUGGAGGAAUAUGCCAGGUUCAUGUUAAGGCAACCGCUAGAGCAUUCUCAGCACCAUCCCUGGCCUCUUUUUCAAGGGAGAAAAGGGCACAGGGAUGGGCUCAGGGAUGCGACGCGGUAGCUCUAAUCAUGACAACUCCUGGAAGCCACAACGACGUGUACGCUGCCACAGCACACAGGAUGUUCUUUGCCAACUGGGCGCGAGCGAAGAAGGACGAAAGAACAUUUAUGUUGACUGGAAAGAUUUCUCGUUUUGGCAUGUAAAUCUUACUUGCAAAUGAUUGGGUACAUCCUCGGGAAAAUGAGCAUGCUAAUAGCUACUUGCUAGGUCGUCUUUUUCCAAUGCCCUUUUUGUACUUUUUUCGUCUCAAAUAUAGUCUACUAGUAACCCUUUGUUUUCCUCAUUCAUUCUUUCUGCGAGAGCAUUGCGGACAUUCGCGGACAAUGACGGGCACAACACGGACUCGAUUGACGGCAUAAUUAAUGUGAUUCCGUUCACGUUGCUGCGAGUGACAUCGUUGCCUAACGAUGUCGAUCGUGAAGCGUGGGUGAGUGACAUCAUCAACGCAUUGCGCAGGUCAGAGGAACUACCGCAGUGGGGAGUGCUGUACGACGAAUUGUUGGGCAGGGUUUUGCUGGGGCAACCGUUGUUAUGAAUAAGUGUUGUUCUUUCAUAGUUAGCAUGUUGACCACGUGGACUUUGCGCAGCUGCGUUGGGAAGGAAUAUCCCAUAAAAUAUUUCUGUUCAUCUCGUUGUGCAGGAUCCAUAACCUAACGUAACCUCUCUGAGGCUAGGGCUUAAGUUCCUUCUCGUAGUGCAAUCCCCAUAAUUCGUAUUGCUGACUUCCUCUAAUUUUGCGCGCAGCGGUGUUGGAAGUGGCGGAAAAGAUCAAUCCUGGCUUCAUCAAAGUGCUCAAGAAGGCAGCGACUACGAGCAGUGACUCUGACCCAAUGACGGCGUGCUACAUCCAGUCCAGUUUUCCUGCUAUGUUAGUCUUUGCAUACAAGUAUGCAGAUGACCCAGUGAAAGCAUUGCUUGCAAGCGCAAAUGCCGGUGGAGAAAACGUGAACCGCAGCGCGAUCCUCGGCGCUCUGAUGGGCGCUGCCCACGGCGCUGGGAAUUUCGAGGAUUCGAGUCGCAUGAAGAAUUUGCAACGAGGCCUCUUCAACGCAGACGCUUACGAGCAAGAGGUAGAAAAAUUUGUCACCCUGAUGGAGAAGAGGAGCAAACAAACAGCGGAGACCAAGAAAAAAUCGGAGCUCUAAGAAUCUGCGAUUAUGUUUAAUAGGGACACAUGAAUUCGUAUCAUGAUGGACUGUAAGCUUAUCUUCACACGAGUAUAUGAGCAUGAACAGUAAGCAUCUAUCUGUUGAGGAAGAUCGUCCUCGUCGUAGUGAUUACUUGUUCCUUCUAGUGAAACAAAUAUAAUGAAGAGGUAAAACAAAAACUCAAGUUUUUCAUCGAAGAAAGGGUAUGCUGUGAAUCAGGAACCUUGUUUUCAAUGAGGUGCCGUGUAAAGUUUAAGGUGAUCCUGGAUCAACUGUUUGAAAGAGCCCUACAUCCAUCAAAUGAUUUCAAGUUGUGGUGUAUCGAUUUGUGUGCAGUUCUCGCCCAUUAUAAACUUGAAAACUCUACUACAACUGUCAGAAUUGUGCCUAAAAAUACCGAAGAUGACAAAGGCAACGACGUGAACCUGGAUUCACGGACAAAAAUGUUGUGGGCAAGUCCUAUCAAUAUCUGAUGACAAGCUUUAUAACUACAAUAAUUCUUCGUUCCUUAUCUGAUGCUGGACGAAAACGAAUGAAGAU